CACUAGAAUAAAUAAAUAAAUCUCAUAUUUCCGACAUUUUCUCAGAAACCAAACGGUGAUCGCCCUCCCCGAUUUUCCAUAAGGAUUCCGGUGAAACAGAUUGUAAAGUGUAGAUGGACAAGGUAGAGGAGGAAGUGGAGAAGGUGAAGAAGGAGUGGGACGAAACGUACGGUAAGGUGGUAGAGCAAAUAAAGGCAAUAGAGGAGUAUGGUAAAUCACCUAGAGUUACAAUUGCGGAGACGCAGAGAGACUCGCUGCCUAGAAUGAACGGGCUCGCCCAAGACGGCUUGGCGUUGCUUAAUUCAUUGCAGUUCAAGCUCGAUCUGUUUGCCCCUCAGUUGCCCACCGACGAUCAGGUCCAGUCAGCCAAGAACUUGCUUGAGUCCUGGAAGAACCGAUCCCAAAGUUUGCGGUUGAGUAUGAGGAAUGCCAAUUUGCAAGCAAAGGAUAACAUGAGGAAAGCUGCUCAGAAAGAGAGAGAACUUCUUUUGGGAGGUGGAGAAGAGUCCACAGUUCGUCGACGGAACUUACAAACAAAGGCUGGAAUGACAUCUGCCGCAGAAAGCAUCACAGAGAGCCUUCGCCGCACUCGUCAGCUGAUGGUUCAGGAGGUGGAAAGAACUGCAGGCACACUCAUGACUUUUGAGGACUCUACUGGAGUACUACGGAAGGCUGAAAGUGAAUAUAAGGGACACCGUUCAUUGUUGAUGCGAACCAGAAACCUACUCUCCACUAUGCAACGACAAGAUGUCAUUGACAGGGUGAUACUUGUAUUAGGAAUUUUCCUGUUUUCUUGUGCGGUUCUUUAUGUGGGUUCAAAGCGUGUUGGUCUACUGGCGUUGCAGAGGCAGGUCACAGCUGCCAUUAAGGCUGGUAUGGGUGGGCGAGCAGAACUCAGACCUGGAGCUGUUGAAGAUGUCUUAAAUCAUGCCCAGGUCUAUGACAAUGCAGUUCAUAAAGUAGAGGAACCUCUAGAAAGAUUGAUGCACGAUGAACUCUGAAAGUGUAGCUUCGUUUAAUUGUUUGUUUCCUUGCUUUUCCCAUGGUUUGUGCUUCACAAUUCAUUAGCACAGAGGGCUGUAUGCUAUUACUAUCUCAAAUUUUUUGGCCGUCAUAUUUCCAUGUUGGUUUACAGGAGCCAGCAUUGUUAAUUAUGUACAACUUGUUUUCAUAUUGGAGACGAAGAAUAUCGUACAACACUCCUUUGUUCU